AUGACAUUUGGAAGGUGUUAUAUUUUUCUUAUUCCUAUCAUCUUUCUUUCUUUGUUUCCAUUAAAGAUCACAUCAUUGUCAUCAAAAACAGAAACAGAAGCGGAAGCUCUUCUCAAAUGGAAGAACAGCUUAUCGUCUUCUUCCCUCGAUUCAUGGUCAGUUGCCAAUCUCAAAAACCUUUGCAACUGGACUGGUGUCGUUUGUAGCAGUACUACUGGAGCUGUCUCCAAGAUUAGUCUCUCCAAUGCUAAUAUCAAUGGAACACUUAACCGAUUCGGUUUCACCUAUUUUCCGAAUCUCCAGCAUUUCGACCUCAACUCCAACAGCAUGAGUGGGCCAAUUCCAUCUGCCAUUGGUAAUCUCUCCCAACUCACUUCCUUGGACUUGAGCAACAACUUCUUCUAUGACGUCAUACCUCCAGAGAUUGGAUUGUUGACGAAGCUCCGAUACCUGUAUCUUGGGAACAACAGUCUAAACGGUACCAUUCCAUAUCAGGUUAGCUCUCUUCAAAAUGCACAUCAUUUAAACCUUGGAACUAACUUAUUACAAACUCCAGACUGGUCAAAGUUCUCGGCUAUGCCAUCAUUGACAUACCUUACCUUUUCUUCCAAUCGACUUACCUUGGAAUUCCCAGAUUUCAUAUCCAAAUGCAGGAAUCUGACAAAGCUCAAUUUGCAAGAAAAUAAUUUCACUGGGAAAAUACCUCAAUGGUUGUUCAUCAAUUUAAGCAAGCUUGAAUGUCUUGAUCUUGGCCAAAAUUCUUUUCAGGGGCCAUUAUCAUUGAAUUUUUCGAAGCUUUCCAAGCUAAAGUAUCUUUUACUAGAGAACAACAGUUUCACAGGCCCAAUUCCUUCUAAGCUUGGAAACUUGAAACACUUGUUGAGGCUGUACAUUUCCAAAAACCAGCUCACGGGUCCAAUUCCUCCAACAAUUGGGAAUUUGAGAUUGCUGCUUCAUCUUGAUCUCAGUUCUAACCAAUUGAAUGGAGAGUUGCCUGAUACCAUGUCUAGCCUAAAUAAUCUUGAACUGGUCAAUCUAAGUGGCAACCAGAUCUCAGGUCAACUUUCACCAAAGUGGGGAGAAUGGGUAAACCUUAAAAUUUUAAUACUGAAUCGAAAUAAAAUUUCGGGUGAAAUCCCAGCUAAGCUAGGACGCCUAACUCAAUUGAACAUUCUAAGCCUGGCCUCGAAUGAACUAAAUGGAGAAAUACCGUCUACCAUUUGCAACUUGAGUUCUCUUAAACUUCUUGAUUUGUCUAAUAACAGCUUGAGCAAUGUGAUUCCACAAUGUUUAGCAAACUUCAGCAGUAAACUCAUAGAGCUAGAUUUGCGAAUGAAUCACUUUCAUGGAUCUAUUCCAGCAAAUUACACGAAGUGCAACAAUUUGAGGAAUCUCGGCUUGAAUGGUAAUCAAUUGGAAGGGUUUGUUCCACAAACUUUGGCAAACUGUAGAAAGUUGGAAGUUGUAGAUCUUGGAAACAAGAAGUUAAGCGACACAUUCCCCCAUUGGAUGGAAAAUCUUCCAGAGCUGCGUGUUCUUGUCUUGAGAUCUAAUAGAUUUCGAGGCACAAUAAGCACUACUUCCAAGAGUGAUCAACCCUUCCCUAAGUUGCGAAUCAUUGACUUCUCGCACAAUGAGUUCAACGGCUCGUUACCAACAGAAUAUUUUGAAAAUUUUGAAGCAAUGAUGAAUGUGGAUGAUGGUCAAACUGGUUUGACAUACUUGGGGGACUCGUAUUAUGGAGCUUCUGUGACGUUGGUGGUGAAAGGAAAUGAGAUUGAACUAGUGAGAAUCUUACAAGUCUUCACAACCAUUGAUUUAUCGAACAACAAGUUCCAAGGAGAGAUUCCAAAUUCCAUUGGAAAGCUUAAUUCUCUCCGGCUGUUCAACUUAUCCCAUAAUAGCUUUUCGGGUCAUAUUCCAUCGUUGCUGUCAAAUUUGGUUGUGCUUGAGUCGUUAGACCUCUCUUCGAACCAACUGGUGGGGGAAAUACCUUGGCAACUGUCAAGCCUAACAUUUCUUUUGGUCUUGAACCUUUCUCAGAAUCAUCUUGUCGGAUUGAUACCUCAAGGCCGACAAUUUGAUACAUUUGAAAAUAAUUCAUAUUAUGGUAACCAGGCGUUAUGUGGAGUACCAUUGACAAGGAAGUGUACAGAUGAUGAGACAACAACACGGCUGCAUGAAGAAGGUAAUUCAAUUUUUGCAAGUGGAUUUACUUGGAAAGUUGUCCUAAUAGGACAUGGUUGUGGAUUUUUAUUUGGGUUGAUUAUGGGUUGUCUAGCCUUCUUGACUGGAAAACCACUAUGGUUUGUAAACGUUGUGGAAGGCGAUCAACAUAAAAAGAGGAAAAGACAGAGGAAGAAUAAUUGA